CGGGCUUUCUACCGUGUUGGUUGAUUCCUUUCGGUUGGAUGGCUCUCUCUCCGACCAACAUGACACGUCUGUCAGUCGAACGCGUUCCUCCUCCAAUCUACACCUCUGACCAGCCUCAGCCAGACUUUUCUCUGUUGCCUCUGUCGCCAAUAUCCGAGAGCUCCCAUGGCAGUCCCAGCGCCGAGAGUCUGGUGUCAGCUACCAGUCAACCUUCUACCCCUUCACCGAGACCACGCAGGGAGUCAAUGCAAUCGACACCCCGUGUUCAGUCCCCUUCCGCCUCCGAGAUGCAAUUAUAUCCGUCGGCCCGAACUCUUGCUGUAUCCUCUCAAACUUACAUUCUGCCCUACUCACCGAACAACGCACAAACACUGACACAACCACCACCUCCCCCUUCCACCAGUGGUCACGAUACUGCUACUCUUGUUCCCAGUAAACGCCCAGUUUCUACCUAUCCAAGCAAAUUGAAUGCAACCAAUUAUGCUUGUAUAUACCGCAAAAAUCCCUUCCCAUCGACGCAUGUUUUCGCGCUCCGAUUCUUCUAUAAAAGGCACGUUUACCGUCAACCCAUUUUUGAAGAUUCCUGCGGAGAUCCUACCGCCUUUGCGGCGGAAUGAGACAGAGGUUGAUCGCAAAAAUCUCAGGCUAGAGGUGGAAAAUGGUGGCAUUGAUGUUGACUUAUACAUCGUGGGCGAACCUCCAAAUACGUAUGCUCCCAUCCCUCGGACGACCAUACACCUCGGGUUAUUUGGUGCUAAAGAAAAUUCGGGAACAUUCCCUAUCGUUGCUAGAAUCCAUACGCCUAGUCCCAGCCGUCCCUCAUUCCACCUGACUGCCAAGGCGCUCGAUGGCUAUGUGCUUUUCCACCUUCCUCGUUCAUACCACGGCAUAAUCGCCAUCAACUGUAGUGCCGGUGACUUGAACAAUCACAUUGCGCUAUCGAUCGGAAUGUAUGAAAAUUCUACGAUCUUAUCCGAAACGGGACAGACCAGGAGCUAUUUUGUUGGCGAGAUGGGUGAUUGGUCGAGAGAUGGGGAUAAAAUUGAGUUGACGAUGUAUAAUGGCAAAGUCUUCUUGCAGUAUGAGGAUGAGGGGAAGAAGGACUGGUCGAGGAAGAAAGGGUGGUUUUCUUGAGUCUUUUUAUGAAUAUGUAAUAGAACUACUAUGUUGGUGCUUAUGUCG